CUAAAGGAUCUCUUAAGAAGAACUGUAGAAGGAUUUGUAAAACUCUUUGAUCCACAGGAUCAUCAAAAACUGCCAAUAUUUAAGAUGGAAUUGAUGUUUGAUGAUGAUAAAAUGGAAUUUUAUCCUACCUUUCAAGAUUUGGAGGAUGUUAUUUUGAGUUUGGUAGAACGAAUUUCUGGAGCUCUUCAGAAUGUCCAAACAAUACCCUCUUGGCUCUCAGGAACCUCAACACCUGUAAAUCUUGACACAGAACUUCCUGAACAUGUGUUACAAUGGGCUCUCGAUACGUUGAAGGUGGCAGUACAUCAGAAUUUAGAAGGUGCAAAAAAACACUAUGAGACAUACGUUGAAAAAUAUAAUUGGCUCCUUGAUGGGACUGCAGUUGAGAUUAUAGAGGCUUUUCAGGCAGAAGAUCAUACUUUUGAUGAAUACAUGGAGUUUAUAGAAAGAUUUUUCAGUCUUACCUCAGAAAUAAUGCUUUUGCCUCAAUGGAUUCAUUACCCUAUGGUGCGUUUGGAUUGUGAAGAUUUGAAGACAGGCCUGACAAAUAAAGCAAAAGUCUUUGCAAACAUAUUAUUAAAUGACAUAGCUUCAAAACAUAGAAAAGAAAAUGAAUGUAUUUGCAGUGAAUUUGAAGCAAUUAAAGAACAUGCAUUAAAAGUUCCUGAGACAACAGAAGAGAUGAUGGAUCUGAUAUCUUAUGUAGAAAAAGCCCGGACUGUAGGAAUUGGAGAGUUGAUUUUAAGGAUUGAGGAAUCUAAACGCCAACUGAGUUAUUUUUUAGAUGUUUUUCUAUUUCCUCAAGAAGACUUAGCUUUAAAUGCAACUGUCCUCAUGUGGCCUAGGAAAAUUAAUCCCAUCUUUGAUGAAAAUGAUGAGCUUAUUGAGAAUGCUAAACAUAAAAAAGAAAAUGAACUAAUGGCCAAGAGAGAGAAACUAAUUUUGGAGAUAGAAAAGGAAUCACGUCGCAUGGAAGAGUUUACAGAAUUUGCAGAGCUGGACCGUAUGCAACAGUAUGUGACAGAUGUAAGACAACUACAAAAACGUAUUCAGGAAUCUGAAGAAGCAGUUCAGUUUAUUAAUAAAGAAGAGGAACUUUUCAAAUGGGAAUUGACAAAAUAUCCUGAACUGGAUAAAUUAAAAGUUAACAUUGAACCCUAUCAGAAGUUUUUUAAUUUCGUCUUGAAGUGGCAACGAACAGAAAAACGGUGGAUGGAUGGAGGGUUUUUGGAUCUUAAUGGGGAAAGCAUGGAAGCUGAUGUAGAUGAAUUUUCCCGAGACAUUUUUAAGACACUGAAAUUUUUUCAAAUGAAGCAAAAGAAAGAAUUACAAGAAAAAAGAAAGGCAGCAAGAAAGCGAUCUUUGGAAGAAGAGAGAAUUGAAGAAGAGCCAAAAGAAAAUCCUACUAUUACUAUGUGUACCACAGUAAUGGAGCAGAUAAAAGUUUUUAAGGAAUAUAUACCUACUGUCUCCAUUCUGUGCAAUCCAGGAAUGAGAGCUCGUCACUGGAAACAGAUGUCAGAAAUUGUAGGCUAUGACUUGACUCCAGACUCUGGAUCUACAUUGAGAAAAGUUUUGAAAUUAAACCUUUCACCAUACUUGGAACAAUUUGAAGUGAUAAGUGCAGGGGCAAGCAAGGAAUUUUCAUUAGAGAAAGCCAUGCAGACAAUGGUAGAAACUUGGGAUGAUAUAACUUUUCAUAUAAGUCUGUACCGUGAUACUGGAGUCUAUAUUCUCUCUUCUGUGGAUGAGGUUCAGACUCUCCUUGAUGAUCAAAUUAUAAAAACUCAGACAAUGAGAGGCUCACCUUUUAUCAAGCCAUUUGAAAAAGAGAUCAAGGCCUGGGAAGACCGUUUGAUUAGAAUACAAGAAACGACUGAUGAAUGGUUAAAAGUGCAAGCUCAAUGGCUGUAUUUGGAGCCCAUCUUUUGUUCUGAGGAUAUCAUGCAACAGAUGCCAGAAGAAGGGCGUCAAUUUCAGACAGUAGACAGACAUUGGAAGGAUAUCAUGAAGUUUUGCGCAAAAGAUCCAAAGGUUCUUGUUGCUACUUCUUUAACAGGUUUAUUGGAAAAACUGCAGAACUGCAAUGAACUUUUGGAGAAAAUUAUGAAAGGACUUAAUGCAUAUCUUGAAAAGAAGCGUCUUUUCUUCCCACGUUUUUUCUUCUUAUCUAAUGAUGAAAUGUUAGAGAUUCUGUCCGAGACCAAAGAUCCACUUAGAGUUCAGCCUCAUUUAAAAAAAUGCUUUGAGGGAAUUGCUAAAUUGGAGUUCCUUCCCAAUUUGGACAUUAAAGCCAUGUAUAGCUCUGAAGGUGAGCGAGUGGAGCUCAUUGCACUCAUUUCUACAUCUGCAGCGCGGGGUGCUGUGGAAAAGUGGCUCAUUCAAGUGGAAGAUCUAAUGCUCCGGAGUAUUCAUGACGUAAUUGCUGCAGCCAGGCUGGCUUAUCCAGAAUCUGCAAGAAGAGACUGGGUUCGAGAGUGGCCUGGCCAGGUUGUACUUUGCGUUUCUCAAAUGUUCUGGACUUCUGAGACACAGGAAGUUAUAAGUAGUGGUACAGAGGGAUUAAGGAAGUACUAUAAGGAACUUCAGAAUCAACUAAAUGAUAUUGUAGAGCUGGUAAGAGGAAAAUUGUCUAAACAGACCAGAACCACUCUGGGGGCUUUGGUUACUAUUGAUGUUCAUGCUAGAGAUGUGGUCAUGGAUAUGAUUGAAAAAGGUGUCUCACAUGAUACAGAUUUCCAGUGGCUUGCUCAGCUUCGAUAUUAUUGGGAAUAUGAGAAUGCUCGUGUUCGUAUCAUUAAUUGCAAUGUAAAAUAUGCUUAUGAAUAUCUUGGUAACUCACCUCGACUUGUCAUUACUCCACUGACUGACAGGUGUUAUAGAACAUUGAUAGGUGCCUUCUAUUUAAACCUUGGAGGUGCUCCAGAGGGGCCAGCAGGCACAGGAAAAACUGAAACCACCAAGGACUUGGCUAAAGCUCUUGCUGUGCAGUGUGUGGUGUUCAACUGUUCAGAUGGCCUAGAUUAUCUAGCAAUGGGAAAGUUUUUUAAAGGAUUGGCUUCUUCUGGUGCUUGGGCUUGCUUUGAUGAAUUUAAUCGAAUUGAGUUGGAAGUGUUGUCAGUGGUAGCUCAACAGAUCCUUUGCAUUCAGAGAGCCAUUCAACAGAAGUUGGAAGUGUUUGUUUUUGAAGGGACAGAGCUUAAGCUCAAUCCAAAUUGUUUUGUAGCUAUUACCAUGAAUCCUGGCUAUGCAGGACGUUCUGAAUUGCCGGACAACCUUAAGGUUCUUUUUAGAACAGUGGCUAUGAUGGUUCCAAACUAUGCCCUUAUAGCGGAAAUUUCCCUCUACUCUUAUGGAUUUUUGAAUGCAAAACCUCUGUCUGUGAAGAUUGUAAUGACAUACAGACUUUGCUCAGAGCAGCUCUCAUCACAGUUUCAUUAUGACUAUGGAAUGCGAGCAGUAAAAGCAGUUUUAGUGGCUGCUGGAAACCUAAAACUAAAAUAUCCGAAUGAAAAUGAAGAUGUACUUCUUUUUCGAUCAAUUAAAGAUGUAAAUGAACCAAAGUUUUUAUCAUAUGAUAUACCUUUAUUUAAUGGAAUAACUAGUGACUUAUUUCCUGGAAUUAAACUUCCUGAAGCUGAUUAUCAUGAAUUUUUGGAAUGUGCUCAUGAAGCCUGCAAAGUACAUAAUCUUCAGCCUGUUAAAUUUUUUCUUGAAAAAAUGAUUCAGACAUAUGAAAUGAUGAUUGUUAGACAUGGUUUUAUGUUAGUAGGAGAGCCUUUUGCUGCUAAGACAAAAGUUCUGCACAUGCUGGCUGAUACUCUAACUUUUAUGAAUGAACGUGGCUAUGGAGAGGAAGAAAAGGUUAUUUACAGAACUGUAAACCCAAAAUCUAUUACUAUGGGCCAACUUUUUGGACAGUUCGACCCAGUGUCUCAUGAGUGGACUGAUGGUAUUGUGGCUAACACCUUUAGAGAAUUUGCCUUAUCAGAAACACCUGAUCGGAAAUGGGUUGUAUUUGAUGGUCCCAUUGACACUUUGUGGAUAGAGAGCAUGAACACAGUAUUGGAUGAUAAUAAAAAGCUUUGUCUUAUGAGUGGAGAAAUCAUUCAGAUGUCCCCCCAGAUGAGCCUGAUCUUUGAAACAAUGGACCUUUCCCAGGCCUCACCCGCCACUGUAAGCCGUUGUGGCAUGAUUUAUUUGGAACCCUCACAGUUAGGAUGGGAACCACUUGUGUCUUCAUGGUUGAGUUCACUGAAAGGACCUCUAUGUGAACCAAAAUAUCAAGCUCUUCUGAGAGGACUUUUUGACUGGUUAAUACCACCCUCUUUAAAGAUUCGUAAGAAAAAAUGCAAGCUUAACUAUUUGUAUAAAACUAUAGUGUCUAAAGCUUUAAAAAAUCCCAAUUACUUUUCAUAUUUUAAAAUAUUUAGGCAGUUGAGGGAAACUGCCGGGGGAACUGAUUCCUACAAGCAAUAG